UACGUCACGAGGCCAAAGGGCAGAGUGUAAUGUGUACACCGAAGAAAAAAGAUCGUCAAUAUACACAUGGAUUUGUAAAUACACAAAAGUUGAGAUAUUUUCUGAUUCCGGUGAACUAAUGGAAGUCCUAACGGACGACCAGGCUAUGCGAGACGCCAUAGUCCAGGACUUUGUGAUAGAUGAAGCCUUGGACAUGGACCUGGAACGCUACCUCGGGAAUGGUAAAAUGUGCCUUCCCGAGGAAGCCAUACCCGCCAUAGCAUACCCCAACAACGGACGACCCCUCCCCACCCAGAACCACCCCAGUCUUCCCCCGCAGCAGCUGGACGAGUGCUACAAGUUCAACCACCUGGCAAAUCCCCAUGCCCCCAUCACAUCUACCCCUCCACACACUCAGACACAAAGCCCAAUGAACGGACUCUAUAGUUGUACAGGGAUCAACAACUCCAUCAACGGCAUUCAAGGUUAUGACAACCGACUUAUGAACCCAACCCUUCCUGACAGUCCACCAGAGUCUGAGCCAUAUUCCCCUCCAGAUGGUCACCAUAGCAACCACACAAUGAAUGGUAGCAACCAUAUCAUUUGUACCACACAAGAAAGCAAGUACGGGCUGAGUACCCCAGUGACAUCGAUGCAUCAACACAGCAUGUACCCACACCACCCCCGACCCCCAGGGAUGCCUCCGACAGGACCGAAGUCCAUGCCACCAGGGUAUAACGAGCCCCCGACCCUGAACCAUCUCUCAGCAACACACCCUCCUCCCCCCCAGACCUCCUCUCUACCUCUCACCACCUCCCAGAUGAACCCUCAGCUCUCCCUGUCACCAAACCAUCUCAGCCCCAACGCUUGUAACAUGAGUCACAAGAAGAGGAAGUACCAAGAACAGCCUUCCCAUAGUGCACUUGUAACCAAUGCUCUCCUCAAUAGCCGAGCCAAUGUAUUGAAUAUAAAACAAGAACCAAAUGGUCCGAGUUACGGGAGCUAUAAUCUUGCCGUUGACUGUGACGAUGAGUUCGGAUAUGAACAGGACAGUACAAACGGAACCACUGGCUACCUAGACAGUACCUACCAAGUCAUCAAGUGGUCUCCUUUUAACCAGAGAGACUGGGCCACACUGAAAAACGAAAAUCUCAAAGAUUUACCACAGCCAAACUUCCGUGUAGAUGCAGACAAAGGAUUUAACUUUUCGCAGCCUGAUGAUUCAUUUGUCUGCCAGAAGAAGAACCAUUUUCAGGUGACGGUCCACAUGCAGGUUUCUGGGGACCCCCGCUAUGUCACAACUCCUGAGGGAGUGAAGAAAAUUGAUGCCUUCUAUCUCCAUUUUAAUGGAAUCAAGAUGGAAUCUCCCACCCAGACAAUUAAGGUGGAACAGUCACAGUCUGAUCGCAGCAAGAAACCCUUCAACCCAGUCAGGGUGGACCUAAUACCAGAACAGACCAACAAAGUGACUGUAGGGAGGCUUCAUUUUAGCGAGACAACCUCCAACAAUAUGCGUAAAAAGGGUCGCCCCAACCCAGAUCAACGCUAUUUUAUGCUGGUGGUCACUUUGUAUGCUUACAGCGGGGAGUAUAAAUAUAUAGUUGCAGCCAGUGUAUCAGAGAAAAUCAUUGUCAGGGCAUCCAACCCUGGUCAGUUUGAUAAUGAUAUGGAUGUGACUUGGCAGAAAGGCCAGACCCCGGACAGUGUGUAUCACGUGGGGCGCGUGGGGGUCAACACAGAACACCCUGAGGAGGCAUUAACGGUCCAUGGUAACAUGAGACUGACCGGUCACCUACUCCAACCCUCAGACCUCAGGGCCAAGGAAGAUUUCAAAGAGCUGGACUCGAAGGAGCAGCUAAAGAAAGUAGCCGCCAUUAAGUUAUACAACUACAAGUUCAGCGAUGAUUUUGCCAACGCCAUGGGAAUUCCUGAGGACAGUCGUCAUGACACUGGGGUCAUCGCUCAGGAGAUCAAGGAGGUCAUCCCUGACGCUGUCAAAGAGGCGGGAGAUGUACCGCUGGAGAACGGAGAGGUUAUCAAAGAUUUCCUCGUUGUUAAUAAGGAUAAAAUUUACAUGGAAAAUGUAGGAGCUGUCAAAGAACUGUGCAAAGUGACAGGAAAUUUAGAAGUUAGAAUUGAUGAACUGGAAAAAAUGAACCAGAAAUUAUCAAAAUUAAAGCGCUAUGACAGUGUGAAGUCCACUGUCAGUACAAAAUCAACCUGUAGUGUUAGUACAAUAGGAUCAUCAUCACCCAAGAAAUCAUCGCGAAUUUGUAGUCAUUCACAUCAGCAUCUGUAUAAAAGCAGCCAGAAAUACGCAGCCCAGCCCCCUCACAAAGACCAGUGUAAAAAGGGUUACUGUAGAAACCGAUACGUCUGCUGGGGGACUAUCAUCAGCAUUGUCAUCACAUUCUGUUUGGCAUCUCUUAUGAUCUUGUUGAUUCUGGAGCAGACCAAAGAACCAAAACACAAUCCUCUCAGUCAGAACCUGGCAGGAAAUAAGAUCCCUUCCCCUGAUGAUGUAAUAGGUAAAACUUCUGUCAGGCCGUCAGGGACUACGUCACCCAGUAAUACAAAGGCUCCAGACACAGGAAACACAGGCACUCCUAUAAAACUGGUCACCCACCUUCCCCCCUACCCUUCCUGUGACUUUACCACACAGCUUUGUGAGAGAAAAUGCUGCCCUCCUCCAGAGCAAGAAGAUGAACCCCAGACCCUGCCUGUCAAUCCUGCUUAUAGCAUCUUUACUCCUCCAGCGCCCUCUAGCAUGCCACGACCAACAUCCGAGAGUCCGGAAGUGGUCAUCAAUACAUUAAGUCCAAAGACAGAUGAGAAUGAGUUGAUUAACCUGAUUAACAAUAACGAGUCCAACAUGCUUCCGGAGGUCAAACAACAGGAUCAGCCGGGGGAUGUGGAUUCCAACGCUCUCAAAGUGGUCCACUUCAGACAGCGCCGCAAUGUUCCCCAGGAAGACCUACACACCAAUAUCUUCAUCAAGGAAAUCAAUGUAACGAUUACAGAGGAACACUGCACGUCCUGUUCUCCGACAAAUAAAGUGUUCCGGCUCAAACUCAGCCAGUACUUCUCCUAUGAUUUGAUCACCUUCAAGUUCCUGACAUCGGAGCGAUCGUUGGCAACACUUUGUUAUAACCACACGUCAAGGAACUGUAACCCUAAUGUUGCGGGGGAAAUGAUAAAAAGAGUACCAAACGAGUGGCAAAUUCCCAUUGGAAAGUAUUUUAGCAGUGUGUUUAAAUUUCGAGUGUCUCACAAGGCUGCUACACAAAAUGUUUGCCAGAAACAAGCCAGUGAAAACAUAGAAUCCUUGGAAUAUGUGGAAUAUAUCCUGUAUUUUGAUAGAACUUGUGAAAAAAUAGACUGAAAAGACAGAUUGUGUCCUAUAAGAAACUGCUUUAUCAUCAGUACUCGGCCAUAACCUUGUUGCUGUGGCCUUGACCUCAUAGCCUCAUUUUAACCAUUGAUCUCUUGUGUACUGGUGAAUGAUCAAAGAUGCAUCAGUUACUUUCAUUUUCAUAUGUGCUUUACAGAUGCAUUCUAUUUUAAGGUUUUUCCAUUAUUUGUCAUAUGCCUUGUUAACUAUUUCAUAAAUAUAUAUCUCAUUGUUCUUGUUAUACAUGUUAUUUAUUGUAUAUAAUGACCCCUCUUCAUUGAUGUAAACUUUAUCUUAAUACCCUAUCAUCUGUAGUGUAUUUAAUCUAUCUGUUGAAGAUGGAACAGACUAAAUGGCAAUAUCACAGAAGAAUUUUCUCAUUUUGCACAGAUUUACAGCAUAGGAUAUACUUAAGGACUCUGUUUGCAGUAUUUUAAGGCUUUACAUAACUCUGUAUGCUUUUUGAUCAUCAACUUAGUCACUGGGUGAUAAAAUACCCUUAUAGCAAUGAAUUGUAUAUUUUUGAUUAAUUAUAUUUCUUAAAUGGAUGAAUCAAUGAAAUGAAUUUUUAGAUGAAAAUCAUUGUAUGACGAUUGUCUCUGUUUUUUUUAUUGAAGUGCUACACAUUUUAUAUCAGUAUUUGUUUUACUCGGAACAUUUAUUCGUCUGUUAAUAGACUUAUUUUUUGUAAAUUGCAAUGACUUGAGAUUUUUAUGAAUUAUGAGAUUUUUAACUAACAUUUUUAAUCAAAUCUUCAGAUGAAUUUACAUGCAAUACAAUAUAAACUCUUUUUCGACCAUAUAGAGAGCUUGGAUGCAUGUUGUAUAGUUCAAGUGCUAAUUGAUGAAAAUAUUUUAUUGAUAUUAAAUAAUAUGAUACUCCAAAUCUUUCUAACAACAAAUAGCAUAAUUGAAGAGAAUAUACUCGUUUUCAAUGUUUAUUGCCAAAGAGAUUUUACAUCAAGAACAAUUCAUCGGUGUAGACAUCUUUGGAUUUUGUUGUUUUAUUCAUUGCCUCCCUUUGUCCAAGGGAGAUCAUUUAUGCUGAAAAGGAGAGUAUUAGGUGAUACUACUUUGUUUUUCUGUAGAAUUUUGGGUGUUAUUUGAAUGUUAUCUUCCAGAAUGGAAUAACAUACAUUCCAAACGUUAUUGUUUAACUUACAUUUUUUUAUGGAUUUUGUUUCAUUUUACUUUUCAGACAUUAUUUUGUACUUAAUUUUUACACUGCUCUACUUUAGACAAACAUUCCAAUUAUCUUCAGGUGCCUUGAUACACUGCAAAUUCUGCACACUAUGCAUGUGAUUUGACAUUUAAAAAAUACAAUAUGAUAUGAUAUGCACAUCUUUUUUGACUAUGUUAAUUUUGCAUUUUCAUUUGUAUAUAUGUCUUUCAGUUGUCGUAAUAAUCAUCGCCUAUUAUAUCAAACUUAGUAGAUGACCAAUUUUUUGUAAAAAAAAAAUCGCCAUUUUCUUUGUCAGUACAUGUAUAACACUCUUGUAGCAUUUUGUUCUGUUAGAGGUAGAUUUAUUAUCAAGGACUAUAUAUUAUUUGAUUUAUUUAACUUGAACAUUACUAUACAGCGGACAGGAAAUUUUCGGAAUAAUUUUUUUUUGAGGAGUCAAAUUCUCUUUUUUACAAUUUUCAAUAAUUAGUUUGUCAGUUUGCAAAUGGUGGAAGACAUUUAAGAUUUAUAUAUAUAUAUAAUACAUUUGUAUAUAUAUAUUUAUAUUACUCAAAACUUACAGUUGAGGCUAGAGCCCAAGAUUACACUUACAAAUCCAACUGCUGAUUUACUGGAGUGAAUUGUGUAUGAUCUGGAAAAAUUUACACAUUUCUACUUUUUUGAUAAUAAAUAAUUCAUAUUUUGUAGGUAUUCCAUGUUCAAGUUUCAUAUUUUAAUGUAAAUCAGCCUAUGAGAAAACAAUAAAGUUCAUAAAAAUAUCA